CCGAGGCCAUCCGCCACCAUGGCUUCUCCGCGUGCGAACACCAACGUCGCGAAGGCAUACCUAUAAAUACACCUCUCACAAGAUCACACUCGACACAGCUCUCACUUAAGCUCCCGCAUCAAGCUCAAAAGCAUCUCGCUCCACUCUCCAGACCAACCUCAGGCAAAUCACAGGAGACGACAGUAGCGAGCAGCAGAAGCAGCUAUGGACAUGGGUCGCCACGAGCACUCGACCUCCUCUUCCUCCUCGUCAUCGACAGAGCACAAGGCGGUCUGGUCGUCGUCUCCGACGCCGCCGAAGAAGCGCCCCGCGGGGCGCACCAAGUUCAGGGAGACACGGCACCCGGUGUUCCGGGGCGUGCGGCGCCGGGGCACCGCGGGCCGGUGGGUGUGCGAGGUGCGCGUCCCGGGGAAGCGCGGCGCGCGGCUCUGGCUCGGCACCUACGUCACCGCCGAGGCAGCGGCACGCGCGCACGACGCCGCUAUGCUCGCGCUGCGCGGGCGGGCGGCGUGCCUCAACUUCCCGGACUCCGCGUGGCUGCUCGCCGUACCGUCUGUGGGACUCUCCGACAUGGCCGACGUGCGGCGCGCGGCCACCGAGGCCGUGGCGGAGUUCCAGCGCCGUUUCGAGGCUGCCAGCGGGGCCGCCGCUUGGGCCGUUGACGAAGUGAUCUCCAGUGUGUCGGCUCCGUCGUCACUGCCUGAUAUGUCCAGCUCGUGCUCGCCGGCAACGUCGGCAGACCACGUAUUACCUGUGAUUGCGAAGGCUGAUGAGCCGGCGGCACUGGACGGCGACAUGUUCGAGCCUGAUUGGUUUGCGGACACGGACUUGGACAUGUACUACGCGAGCCUCGCGGAGGCGCUGCUGAUGGAGCCGCCGCCGCCGCCGCCGGCCACUGGAGCGUACUGGGAAAGCGGCGACGGCGGAGCUGACGUCGCGCUCUGGAGCUACUAGUUAAGAUUGAGGACCCCCGAUUGAUUGUACUCUGUUCUGAAUAUGUAACAAAAUUCAAGUCGCUUCCCAAUCAAAGUAACUUCAGCAGAUCAAUUUUUUCUGAA